CAAAUUUCAAUUAUAAUUAUACCUAAUAUAAUAUUAAGUCAUAAGUCUGAUACGACAAUAAAUAGUGCUAAGGAAUAAUAAGUGGGAGAUGUAACUGUUGUGAAACGUUUUUUUGCGGUCUAAUGAUGUAAGUAAAUGAUCAAAAGUGAAAGUGACAGUGCGCGUAACGAAGCGGCCGAGCGCGAACGCUCGUGCGACAACAGAUAAUACAUCACGUCCCGGAAAAACACUGGACAAACCACAGAUUAAAAAUUCCCUCGGAUCAAAAUAGUUCAGCGAGGUUUUAUAGCUGUCAAACGAGCAUAGAGUCUGGAAGCAAGGAGGUUUAGUCCCGGAGGUUGUUAUAACGUGCCAGUCCGCCCCCGGCGCUCGGCCAAUGACGCCGCGGGAACCGCCCCCGUACGGCGCACUGCCGUACGUCUUCAUACUCCUUAUCCUGAAUGCCGGUUUAUCCGCAUCUAGGCGACCCGAGCCGUACUAUGGCCGCGUCAUUGGCCGGCUCACCCAGUACGCACAUGGAAUACGGGGCACUGUGUACGCUGUGGACGAGAGUACGGUAUUCGUACGGGGAUUUGCGUACGAUGGGACUGGCCCCGACGCGUAUUUCUGGGUUGGCGACACGCCACAACCGUCACCUGAAGGCACGCUUGUACCAUACCCAGAGGAUUAUGCGAGCCGGGACCCGCCGGUUCUGUCGGCACAUACAAACUCCGACAUCCUGCUUCGGCUGCCGGCUGGAAAAAGAUUACGAGACAUCAAAUGGAUAAGCGUCUGGUGUCGCAGAUUUACGGUCAAUUUCGGCGAUGUAUUCAUUCCUCCGGGACUAGAUCCUCCUCGACCUCGUGUUUUGCCAGAAUUCAAACGGCUAGCUCAUGGGCUAAGAUCUGGCAACAUAAGCGUUUUAGAUGCUAAAACAUUCUACAUACCAAACUUACACUACGACGGCGCCGGUCCAGACGCCUACUUUUGGGUAGGAAAUGGCAGCGAACCCAGUCCAUUCGGCACUAAAGUACCCAACGAAAUGGGUUCAUUGAACCCACUCCGAGGUUACCAAGGGGAAGACAUCGAAAUUGUGCUUCCCGGCAAGCUGACUGCCUACGACGUGGACUGGCUCGCCGUUUGGUGCGUAGAGUAUAGACACAACUUCGGUCAUGUCUACAUCCCUAAGGAUUUGGACGUACCACCGGCUUUAGGACAGACGAAAAUAACGCCAGCUUGGUGGUAUAAUCCGACAAGUUCAACGACAUCGCAGACUCCUUUCAGUGCCGCUAAUAAUUGUAAGGAAAUAUUGGAUAAGCGGCUGCAGAUCAGAUGGGAAAUACAGGGUGACCACGUCCAAAUAACUCUAGCGGCUCGUCUCCGCAAGGAACAGUACAUGGCCUUCGGAGUGUCGGGCGCCGAGGGCCGACCUGCCAUGUUGGGAGCUGAUGUAGUGGUUGCGUUUUGGGAUUCAAGGUUUAACCAGCCGCGGGUGUCCGACUACACCAUCAGCCACCUCGCGCAGUGCGACGGCGAGCGCGGCGUGUGCCCCGACACGCGCCUCGGCGGCAGCAACGACGCCGUCGUCGUGUCGGGUCAUCAAAAGAGCGGCGUAACGACGAUAACGUACCGGCGUCCGCUCGCCGCGACCGAGUCCGUCAAGGACAAGGAAAUACUGACGACUCGCUCGCAGUCCGUUAUCGCGGCCUUCGGACCUCUCAACUCAAGAUACGAAGCCAACGCGCACUCGUUCAUGGAUACGACCAGAAAUGAUGUGCAAUUGGAUUUCGGAGCUCAGAGCGACAACUCGUGCAUCGGGCUGGCGGAGCUGGAGGAGGGCGGGCCGGCGCCGUGGGCGGCGCGCGUGCUGGCCGGCGUCACGGCGCUCACGGCGCGCAUCGGGCCCGCCGGCGGCCGCCGCGGGUACACGCCCAUCACCGACAAUGACAUUAAUGAUGGAUUCCUAUCUUACGGUCACCCUUCUUGGGGCAUUGCCUGGUACAUCAACGAUCUGCUUAUUCCGGAGAUAUAUGUGGAACGAGGAAAGACGUACACAUUCCUGGUGGAGGGAGGGGACGACAGGACUAAUCCUGCUAAAUUCCACCCGUUCUACAUAAGCGAUUCAUCGGAGGGAGGUUUUGGUCAAAAGAAAGAGGAGGAACAGAGGAAGCAGCGAGUGUUCGCGGGAGUUGCCUACGACAACGAGGGAUACCCGUAUCCCACCGCAGUGGGCCGCUACUGCGAAUGGACCCACAAGACUGUGGAUCAGUCCGCCACAUCCGACACCUUCGAGCAGUACAUGCAAACGCUACAGCUGGAAUGCAACGAGGGGGAGCCCGCUGUUCUCAACUGGACCGUGGCCCACGAGACUCCCGACUUGCUGUACUAUCAGUGUUACACUCACAACAAUCUCGGCUGGAAAAUACACGUAGUAGACCCUGGGACGAUUGUGCCGCUGCCCGACAAGAGCGCCAUCAUUAACUCAGCAGAACGGCUGACAGCGCUUGCGGCCCUCGUGACGUUGGCCGCGGCCCUGACAGCGCGCCACAGAUAAGGACGUUCGGAUACACGCGGCGAGCUCUGUUACCAAGAAGAUCGGAUGGACUUAUACUUUACUAUAAACAUAAUUUUACUAUACAAACGAGUAGGUAUUUACAAAUGCUAAUUUGAAUUUUUUACUGAAUUAUCAGAAUAUACGUUUGGCAUAUGAUAGAUUUAGACUGAAUCGUUUUUAUAGUACUUUAUAUAAUUAUAACGAAACGCAGACAAUAAAGCGUAAUUUAAAAGUUUUAAUUUACAUAAAUUGUGACAAUAAAAUUGAAUGUGAACUGUAGGUUUAAGAUGACGUACAUUUUUAAACAUAUUAUAUUGUGUUUAGGAGUAAGAGUUUACUUCAUAGAGGAGGUAGUAAUGUCGGUGUUAACAGGGCUCGCUCAUUGUACAGAUAAGAUUUGGGUAAAUAAUGUCAAUCUAUAUGAUAUCAAUUUCAUAUCAGUCAUUAACUAUACUUAUGUACAAUCUUUAUACAUUAGAAUUUGGUAACUCUCUGUAGAAUUAGGGUUUUUUUUCAAUGAGUAUUUCCCAAUCAAUUAACAUAGAACAUUUACAAUGAAAGCGUGUCCUAGGACCUCUCGCUCAUUAUCUUCUAAAGAGAAAGAGACAGAAACACGUGUCUCGGUAUGAAACUCGAGGUAUAGAAUUUAAAGAAAUGAUUCUUAAACUUUAUCUUCGUGGUUAAAAAAUAAUCAAUAACAUUGGAAAUAAUGACAAUAAAAAAUAUUUUUAGAUUUAAUAAAGUUCUUGCCGUGUGC